AUGUAAUUUUUAUAUAUUUAUUUAUUACUUUACAUAUAAAAAAUUAAAUUUUCUUUAACAAUAUUAACAAUUUAAUUCAUAAAGGUAAAAAAUAAAUAAUUAAAAAGAAUUAAGGGAUCUUAAAUGGAAUAAUUUAGAAGGGCCUCUAGAAGAUAUAUUCAAACAAUUAUUGAAAUAAUAGAAAUUUAAUAGCCUACAUCCCAUACUCCUCUAUAUUAUAUAUUGCUAUUUGGUAUUUUCCUUUUAUAAAUAUCUAGUUUUACUCUUAGUACUGAUGAUAGGCCUUAUUUUUAAGAUGAUAAGCUAUAUUUUCUUGAGGUUUUAACUGAGUAUACAAGCAUUUCAUACACAAUUAAUGAAUAUUUUGGCGAAUUAGCUAUCUUGAUUUGGUUUUUUUUAUUAUCAUUCUUGACAUAUUCUAUUCUUAUUUAUAUUGGAGUGCUAAGCUAUUUGAAAUCAUCGUAGCAAAAUUUCUACUUAAAGUCAAAAUGGAUGUUUGAUAUUGUUAAUGUUAAACUAAAUAUCUACUUUACAAUAUAUCCAUGGAUAUUUUUUGUCACUUUUGUAGAAUCAAACUCAGGAAUUUUUGUAUGUGGCUAUGAAUCAUUUCUUUCUGAAUAUUAGGAUACAUCAAAUUGUUUUUAAAAACCUUUCUACCUCUACUUUUUUUCUGCUCUUUCGUUAAUAAUAGCUCUAGUUAUUAGUUAUAUAGUCUUCUUUUUCUUUAGGAACAUAUCAUUCUCUGAGAGUAAUAUUAUUAGAAGGAAGUAUAAUAAAACAAUCCUGAUUAUAACCAUGAUGACUUUUAUGAUGGUGUUUAGUUAUUAUUUAAAAGGUUAUAUACCAGAUAUUUUUAAAUAUUACCUAAAUACUAUUACGGGGGCUUUAUAUAUUUAUGAUGCUACAAUAAAUUUACCUUUUAGUGAUAUACAGAUGAAUAAAUGGGUUGCUUCUUUUUCGUCAGUUUUUUUUGUAAACUAAAUUCUUCUGUUAGCAAAUGUGGAGCUACCAAACUUUUUCGUUGAGGAUGAUUUAUUUUACGCAACGGCUAUAUUAAGUAUAGUUUUGAUUGCUGUAGUGUUGGCAACUAUACAAACUUUAUUCGACAGAAUUCUCAAAGUUACUACUUAAGAUUUAAGCCAGUAAAGAAAUAGAUAUUUUUUAAUAAAUUUUUUAUGCGUAAAUUAUUUAAAUUCACGCCUAAUAGUAGAGCAAGUAUUUAAUUUACUUUAAAAUUUAUCAUAGCUUACCUACCAUAAAAAUAUACUAAGAAAGUUUUGUUAUCAAUUUUUUUUUUCAGUUAUUGAUAAAUAAAAAGUGUAAGUAUUUGGUAGUUGA